AGAGCUCUCACCCUCAAGGCCUAUCCCUUUUGCAAACCGGUCGAUCGUUUGGAUCGGCCCAACAAAAGAGUUGCUUCCGAUGGCGAAGCUGCUGCUUCUGAGCCUGGCGCUGGCUGAGGCGCAGGUGGAUCCAAAGUAUGCAACAGAGGUCACGGUGUAUCAUGUGCACCCGGCCAACGUCAGCUCAAUCCCCAUGGACAUGGACACCGGUGAUGCAGAAGGGGACUUGUUCUUCUUCUUGGACGAGUUCCUGCUGCCGCUCCAGUGCGCAGACCCCAAAUACUUCUGGGACAAGUUCGAGUGCAAGAACCCCGAGCGGUCCGGGCAGCUGGUCGCCACGCAGCUCAAGCUCCAGGUGGAUUCACGCUUCUCCAACUACUCGGGUUGCAAUCUCUGCGACGGGGUAGAUCCUUUCACUCGCAAGCCAUGCGAAGCAGGCACCUAUACUUGCGAUUGCAUGGAUUUCCUGCACCCAGAGAACUGCGAUCAUCAAUUCGUUGGCAGGGAAACAGUGACUCACCAGUUCGUACACGACGUCACUGACGAGUGCAAGGAGUCAUUGGAGGAAAGCUGCGGCCACGCUCGCUACUCGAAGUGGUGCAAGUUCUGCCUGUUUCGGCACAAAGAAGUCCUGAAGAACAGCAGCUGUAGCAAAGAAGCCAUCAACUACUGCCCCGGCUUCGGCUUUCCGCUGUGCACCGCGGACUCCAAAGACGUCGACUGCUGGCACGUGAACAUUGCCAGGAAGACCCGAGGACUUUGGUACUCCACGUUCCGCGAUGGGUUCUGCGAUGGGAACAAGCCUUGCAGCUGGCAGGUCGUACAGCAGCGCACUGUGCCAGAGCGUUGCCUGCGGGAGAAGGUGGUGGGUGUUGUCGAGGCCUCGAACCCCAGCUGCUUUGAUGGAUGUGGCGCUCGAAAUCAGACCUCUCCGUGCUGGGUCCGGUGCUUCUUCACCACGGUUCUGGGUCCUGAAGCGCAUAACUCCACCAUCGUCACGGGAAUGCCGCUGGCGGAGCUGACCGGAGCCUGGACGAAGGCCUUCGAGGCCUGCGAGAGCACGGGCAGUGACGCUCCUCACAGCUUGGUUGUAUGAGGAGCGGCAAAAUCCCUGGCGAACCUGCGAAUCACGCACCAAAACGGUGAGGCUGCGGCCAAAACUCCGCAGUGCCCGCCUUUGGCAGUAGAGCACCUUGCUUGCCCCACUUUGGCAGCCUGCCUCUUCCCACUGAGAGUUGCCAAGCGGGGCAGGUCCAGCAUAUGGCAGGCACUUCUUGAUUGCAAGAACAGUGCUCGCAACGACA